AUGGAUAAUAAUGAUGAAGAGUUGGAUGAGGCUAAAGCUGAAAUUGAGAAACUCAACGUAGAAGAACUAAGAGGCAAAACAGAUUCACUUCAGAAUUUGAACAAAUCCCAUGAUGCACAGGUCAAUCAGAUACAGGAAGCUAUCUCCAAAGUUGAGAAGCUGGAUCAAGAACUACUUCAAAAGGCAGAUGGAAUCAAUGAUGCAAAACAGAUGCAUGAACAUCUCAACGGGAAUUUGAAUAAUAAUGAGUCCAUCACCAAACAUCUCAGUGCUGCAAAUGAUAAACUUGGAGCACAUUGUGAUGAGAAGUUUAAAAAGUGGGAAGAUGAAAAAAGAAGGUUAGUAUUGGCGCUAGAAGAGGCAAAUGAGAAAGUGGAGAAACAAGAACAACAGAUGCAUGUGUAUAGACAAGAGAUUGAAAGCCUGAAAGGUUGCCUUUCAGUUGCAAAAGAGAAGUGUUUGGAAAUAGAGAAAAUUCUAAAAGCAUUCAAAGAAUUAGGAGAAACAGAUGAAUACUUAAACUCUCAGCGGGACUACAAUAUUGGAGAUGUUAGAUAUUCACUGAAAACAAAAGAAGCAUAUUAUAAAGAAUCAAAAUACUCAAUUGAGAAGCUUGAGCAAGAAAAUCAUGAGUUACGGAAGUCCCUCAAAAGACUCAAGGAAGCUCGAAUUCAAGAAGCAGGAACUUCAUAUUCUUUGUCAAUAUUGCGGUCCAAUCUCAGAGAUUUGGAACAAUCUCAAAGAGAGUGUGUCUCAAUUUUUAAGGCUAGACAAGCUGAAUGGAGCUUUCAGUUAGAAAAAUUGACUGGAGCCUUCAAUAGCUGUCGGUCUGAGUUGGAAGCUAAAGCUGCAGAGGUAGAAGAGCUCAAGAUGGAGUUGGAAUGUUCUCAUUCUUUGUCUGCUGAGAUGAUGUUGCUGAAUGAGGAGAUGUCUGUGAUGCUGCUAGUGUUAAAACUGGGAAUUUCCGAGGCCCAAAUGAAACUUUCCAAUGAUCAAGACGAGAUGGAUGUUAUCAACAAAGAAAGAAAAGAAAAGUGUUUUCAACUGAUGAAGCAGUUGGAGAUGAAAGAUGAUGCUUUGAUCAGUGCCCAGAAAGACAUCAAUGAAGAACGUGAGAAUGCAUCAUGUUUAAUGAGCCAGGUUGAAUCCUAUGGACUCGCCAAGGAAUUGCAGCAUUCUCUGCAAAAUGACUUAAAAGAACAACUUGAGGAAGCUUAUGAUGCUCUAGGCAGGGCAAACAUUGAAUUGGAUGAGAAAAUAUGUGAAAGAAGUGAAAUGGAAUUUGAAUUGCAAAUAUGGAAGUCAUUUGUUGAACGUUUGAGGAAUGAUGUUGAAGAAAAUCUUGCAAUGCGUAAAGAAUUGGAAAAUUCACUCCUUGCACAAGUAGAUUUUAGUGAAAGCCUCGAACAAGAGAAAGAUACCUUGGUUUAUAAGUUGGAAGAGAAAGAGAAUAGAAUAGAUUAUUUGCUGCAACAAGUUUUUCUACUGGAACAAGAACUGAAGGCAAGGGACACACAAGCUUCAGUUCCAGUAAGAGGGGAAGAAACAGCUGUGUCCUCUGAGACUGGUGAAGUGAGAUAUCUCCAGAUCAUAGAGGACAAGGACAAGAUCUUAGAUGAGCUCCAGAAAGAGGUUCUUUGGCUGGAACAAGAAUCAUUUAGAAGAGAAUUUGAAAGUACUGGGAUUGCAAAAAGCAAUUUGGAAAGAACCAAUGAACUUGAAGAGAAUCCUAUGCAGUUUAUAAAGGGAAAAAACAUGAGAAUAGAUGAACUCAUGCAGCAGGUGACUUCAACGGAACAACAGUUCACUAGCUCCUUGACCCCUUUUUCUUCACAUAUUGCUGAGAAAAAGGCUGAAAUCAAUCAUAUCCAAGAAGCUUGUGAUAUGAUCACAGCAGCUGAGGUUCUAGCUGCUCUUGAAAUAGAAGAGAAGAAGUUGAUGAUAGUGGAACUUGAUACUUAUAUCCAUGAUAUAGAACAGAAACUGAAAUUGCAGGAGGAAAACAGGUGCCAACCAAAACACCUUGCAUUGGAUAUUGAAGCGGAAAUGGAUGCAAAACAGUUAAAAAUAAAGGAGUUGACAGAUCAAAUGGAGAAUAAGCUCAGAGGCUCAGAUGUUUUGCUUCAAAACCUCAAGAUGGAGAAUAGAAAUUUGCUUGAAAAUGCUACAAGAUUGUCAUCAGAAAGGGACAACUUGUUGGGUUUUGUUCUGGGAUUGGGUGAUAAAAUGUGUGAGUGCACUACUGCAGACACUCAACUAAUGGAUAUAUUCACAAGCAUAAUGCAGGCUUUAGAGAAUGAUUAUCUAGGAAUGAAUUUGAAAAAGGAUGAUGAAUUGCUUGUAAAAGAGAAUAUGAUAAUGCAUUCUCCCACUGGGGUAAAGAAACCUGAAACCUUUUCUGAUAUAAGGUCGCCAUUUAAGGAGCUCAACAGUUAG